AACGGAGACGACACCGUGCAGAGCUCAUCUCCAAUUCACACGGAUAAGUACUACGUCGACCACAAGCCGUCUAUUUAGCUCUAACCCACGUCGUCCGUCACUCGUGAUCUCGCGAGACGAGCUACAGGACAGAUAUCGAGUUCGCAGUGUGAGAGCAAUGGCCACGGCACAGCGGGACAUCGCUCGUUAUAGCCGACGUGCGGGCUAGCAGACGACAAUCAUUUGCAGACGUCAGGGUUGCAGAAGACAAGUGUUAGCAUACGCAGCGCACGGAUUAUGAACAACGGUAUGGUGCCCAAGGACGUGAUACACAGGCUGUUUGCGAAAACUAGGACCCUAGAGAAAGGCUCGUCACGUGUAGCAGAGAAAGCUGGCAUACCGGUUCAAGGUUCUCCAGGGGUGUACCGCCGACUCAGCGCGGCGAAUACAGCCACUGCCACUGCGCCAUCCAAUAACUAUGUUAAAAACGUUCGCCCGAAUCCCGCUAGGCGGUGCAGCAUCGUUCCCGAUCUCCUCGCUGUCAAGAUGGCGGAGACUGGAUGCACAUCAAGUACAUGGCCCAACAUAAAAGAAGAGUACGAACUUGGAGAAGUCAUAGGUGUUGGAGCAACAGCCACUGUACACACAGCGUAUUGCAAGCCGAGGAAAGAGAAAUGCGCCAUCAAGCGCAUCAACCUCGAGAAAUGGAACACCAGCAUGGAGGAGCUCCUGAAAGAAAUCCAGGCGAUGAGCGCGUGCAACCAUGAGAAUGUCGUAACGUAUCACACGUCGUUUGUGGUACGGGAAGAGCUGUGGCUCGUCAUAAAGCUCCUCUCCGGUGGCUCCCUCCUCGACAUCAUCAAGCACAAGAUGAAAACCGAGGACUGUAAGCAUGGUGUCUUCGACGAGGCAACAAUUGCCACCGUCCUCAAAGAAGUGCUCAAGGGACUCGAGUACUUUCACAACAAUGGGCAGAUUCACAGGGAUAUUAAAGCUGGUAAUAUACUCCUUGGGGAAGAUGGUGCAGUACAAAUUGCUGACUUUGGUGUGAGUUCCUGGCUUGCCACCGGUGGCGACCUAUCCAGACAGAAGUCCAGGCAUACAUUCGUGGGCACGCCAUGUUGGAUGGCGCCAGAGGUCAUGGAACAGGUAACAGGGUAUGACUUCAAGGCUGACAUUUGGAGCUUCGGAAUCACUGCGAUUGAGCUUGUGACCGGGACAGCUCCGUAUCAUAAGUACCCACCCAUGAAGGUGCUCAUGCUGACCUUGCAAAACGACCCUCCUACGUUAGAAACUGUCAGUGAAGACAAGGAACAGUACAAAAACUACGGAAAGUCUAUACGAAAAAUGAUAAUGGAGUGCCUGCAGAAGGAUCCUUCUAAACGGCCAACAGCGACGGAACUUCUCAAACACCAGUUUUUCAAAAAAUCGAAGGACAAGAGAUACCUUAUGCAAACGUUGCUCACGUGUGCUCCAUCUAUAGAAGCUAGGGCGCAAAAGCUGAAAAACUGUAAAAGGGUUCCUGGGGCAAGUGGUCGGCUCCAUAGGACAGAAACAGGAGACUGGGUAUGGUCUGACGGAGAGGACGACGAUUCUUCAGACGAACGGGACUUAGCGGCCAGAGAAGAAGCCAUUCAAAAGGCCAACCAGUCAACAAGUUCCUCGGACAGCGCCAUCGAAAAUCCAUCUGCACCCGCGGACCACGAUGCCAGUACAACUUCGGGCACCUCUUCGGGUUCCGGUACCGGUACCGGUGGCUCCGGUACAGCGGGAUCUGGCAGCGUCCUCUCACAACAGCCCCCUCCAGCAACGGAACCAGCUCCUAGUGAGACACCACAAGCGCACCAGCAACAGGCAAACACAACUCCAGCUCCCUCCGAAACCCUCAACUUGGUGCUGCGGAUAAGGAACCACCGGAAAGAACUGAACGACAUACGGUUCGAGUUCACUCGUGAUAGAGAUACUGCAGACGGCAUUGCGUCGGAGCUAGUAGGGGCUGGACUGGUGGAUGGCAAAGAUGUUGUAGUCGUUGCUGCGAACCUACAAAAGCUGAUAGACAGUCCUGCUGCAAAAACUACGACAUUUGGGCUGAAAGGCACCGACAUUUCGCCCGACGUUCCAGACGACAAGGCACUAAUCGGUUUUGCUCAACUUUCAAUCGUGGAUUAAACGAGGAAAGGUUGCAAGUUGGCAAAACCAGUGUCUGUAAAGGACUGUGAAAGGGAAUGAUGGAUGUCCUCUUUCUUGUAAAGUUGUAAAGAAUUCGCCGAGUUACGUGUUGUAGGGAUAUUUCACGCGAGGCCGCUACGUUAAUUGCUGUACAAGUAGCUGCAGGCGGUGCUGUGUGAUGCCUUAAGACUACACCUACUUAGUGGAGUGCCAUCUGCACGGUGCAUACUGUCAAGACUACAAACAGCUAUGCACAAAGCAUUUAAACUGCACAAGGGUUGUAUGUAAUUAACUUAUUCAGAAGGACUUUCAGAAAUAAAGCUGCACCUGGUCUCCAC